UCAGUCAAUCAGUCAAUCAGUCAAUCAGUCAAUCAGUCAAUCAGUCAAUCAGUCAAUCAGUCAAUCAGUGCCUUUUUCUACUCCGACGACGGCAAUCCUCCCCCACGUGCUCUUCACCCCAACCCCAUCACAUCCGCACUGCGAGUCUGCUUCUGCAAAAAUCACCAAAGUCCUCGUCCGGCCAACUACUUCCUCGGGUGCUCGGGUGCUCGGGUGCUCGGGUGCUCGGGUGCAAAGACACACCAACUCCUUUCGGACUACUUAAAUGAUCAUCUUGUUCGCCUCGGCCGAAUCGAGUCGAGGCAAGCUGCUUCGGAGGCAAACUGGAGCGCGUCUGUCGUCUCCGUAGGACAUGCAAAUAAACGCACGGACACGAUUGUGUCUCUUCUUGCUGCAACGUCAAGACACACCGACACACACAACACAGACAGCCAGUGUGCAGAUGAGCUCUACUCGUCAGCCUCUGACCGGCCGAGAUUGGCGCCACAUCUUCACCGUCGUGCAUCCCACCAGACAUAUUACCACUUGCCUGUUGACGAAUGGCUGACAUGCAAGCAGCAACAGGAGGCCAAGUGGGAGGCACGCGGGGUGGGGGAGAGAGCGGAGCGUUGUGAGUUGCCGGAAGUGGCCGAGAGUGGGCGGUGCACUGGCGGCGGAGGUGGCGCAGUCACCAGCCUCGACGAUGCGAUGGAAGACGGUCAAAUCAUCUAUCUCUCUCUCACACUCUCUACUUCUGUCUCGCUCUCUCAUCCUCUCUCUAACUCCUCUUCAUCUCUCUUCCUUUCUCACUCUCUCUUUGUCUCUCUUGUUCUCUCUUCCUCUCUCUUCAACUCUCUUACACUUUCGUUCUCUCUCUUCCUGUCUCUUCACCUCUCUCUCUCUCUUCAUCUCUCUUCCUCUCUCACUCUCUCUUUGUCUCUCUUGUUCUCUCUUCCUCCCUCUUCAACUCCCUUCCUAUCACUUCCUUUCUCUUCGGCAUUCUUCCACAUUCUUUCACUCUCUUCAACUCUCUUCUUCUAUCUUACUUUAUCUUCACCUCUCUUUCAAUAUCUUCCUCUUCCUCCUUCUCUCUUCACCUCUCUUCACCUCUCUUCAUUUCUCUUCCUGCAUAUUCCUCUAUCUUGUUCUUUCUCCCACUCUUUUCACUCGAUAGCUUUCUUUUCAUCUCUCUUCACCUAUUUUCAACCCUAUUCACGUCUCUUCCUCUCUCUUCCACUCACUUCAUCCUACUUCCUCUCUAUUCCUCUCUCUUCCUCUUUUGUUAUCUCUCAUCCUCUCUCUUCACCUCUCUUCCAAUCUAUUUCUCUCUGUUCAAAUCUUUUCCACUUUCUCCUUCUCUCUUCCUCACUUUUCACCUCACUUCCACUCACUUCAACUCUAUUCCUCCCUCUUCCUCUCUAUUCCUCUCUCUUCAUCUUUUGUUCUCUCUCUUCCUCUCUCUUCACCUCUCUGUUCAAUUCUCUUCCUUAA